AUGGCAACACAGUUUUAUCUCACGUUACCGAGUAAUAGUUCUAUGGCUUAUUUUCAAAAUAAUACAGUGGCGAAUUUUCGAGUGAAAUUGGCCGAAACCAUUGUCUUGCCAGGCCAAUGGGAAGUGGCAUUGACGGAACUGCAUUACCCACAUACGUGGAGCACGCUAAAACGUGGAGUGCAACAAACGUUUUUGUAUAAAAUUGGCAGUAACCCUUAUCAAACUGUCGUGCUUAAAGAAACACAAUAUUCUUCUAUUGAGCAACUAACAAAAGCACUCAAUGCCGGCAUGUCAAAAGAAACACAAACGAAAGUAAAGUUUAGUUAUAAUCGUAGUGAUCGCAAAGUUUUGGUUGAUGUAAAACACGACACAACUGUGUGGUUUACCGGAGAAUUAGCAACGGUCUUGGGAUUUGACCAGGACACACUUAUUGAAAAGAAAACGUCGAGUCCCUAUCCUGCAGAUAUCAAUGGUGGAUUUUCCUCCAU